GCAAAGUGCGCCUUUGUCUAGUCACGUGGCAUAUCUGGAGUGUGUAGCAUCUAAUGGAAUCUUGUGGUGGUUCAUCAGGUCUCAAGAGACUGUACCGACCACCUCCUGAGACCAUCCGUUUUUCUGAAGGUGUCUUGUCAGAUAAGUUACGUUUCAAGAAACGGAAAGAGGUUCAAGAGGAGCAGCAUCAGAGUCAAAAGCUCAAGAAACUAAACCUACUAGAAGAUGGCAAAAUUGGACAAAAUGAAUCUUCAGGACGAGUCACAUCAUCAGAGUACAAGAAAACUAUGCAUCGCGUUCAAGAAAUUGCUGCAGAAUUAAUUGAUCAAAAGCCAUUUAAGCCACUCUCUGUCAAGCUACAGAAUUCCAAGUCUCCAAGGAAAAUCAAACUGCCUUAUCCUAAUCUAAUGCACAUUAGAAAGUUGGAAAAGGAACGACAAAAGAAAGCAAAGGAGCUGGAUCUAUUGUCACAGUCUCUAACUCCCAAGAGGAAGAGGAAGAAGGCACUUAGUGAAAUGAGAAGGUUUGAUUUUCUGUCACUUUUUUGGUGAACUGUGUGUUUUGCUGUUUUAAUAAUGUUUUUUGAUACC